GCACGCGGGCAGGAGUCAACUGCAGGUCGGUCUUAGUCCUUCUAGGUGCACGUCUGGGGAUCCUUUGCCUUCCUUGACUUCUCCAGAUGUAGGGACGCAUCGUGUCGCCACACCGAAAAUCCUCAAGUUUGUCUGCCAGGGUGACACGUAUUCGCUUCGGGAAGAGGUUGGAGGGAAUGAGGUUGGAGGAAUGGGCGUUGUGCGUGACAACUUUGGAGGGGAGUCGACUUCUUCGGAGAAGAAGCGCGAGCGACAGAAGACGGUACGAGAUGAGGUGGCGGAACAAACCAGAUACAUGAAGAGGAUGAAAGGAUCCUCGGAGCCGAUGAUUGGCGAGGAUGAAGGUGACGUCGUGGAACGUGUCAUGGGAAAACGGACGCCAAGGAUGCGUGGCGCACAAGAAGAAGAAGUCAAAAAGAGGCAGUCGACGCAAGAACAUGGAACAACACGUAAGAAAGCGAAGAGGGUGGGCGGUUUAACCAUUGACGAAGGGCAAGCAGUGGAAGCUAUGGGUGAAGGAGAUUCGACUCGUCAAGGCAUUACCGGCACGGGAGUACCUUCCGAGAAAUCUAAAAGGAAACUGGCAGCUGAAGAAGGCGAUGGUCAGAAGAAAGCUCAGAGGAGGAAGACUGGUGAGGGGACGAGUGGUGGCGAAAGGGCAGUUGCUAGGCAAUACGACGAAGCAGCGGCGUUGUGGCUCGAAUACGAACGAAACGAUGAUGGUGACAUCGUGGAGAAGGAACACCCAAUUCAACUGGUCAUCGACCCCAGGAAGGUCUGCGAUAUCCCGCUGUGGGAAAGCUAUUAUAAUCACUGUAGUCUCACUCGGGAUGGUAUGGAGGACAUCAAGAAUGCGAUGCUAAGGAAGUUCCACGAGGAGAAGGCAAAGAUAUGGACGAAAAACACUUUGGUUCUAACUCCCAUCUACAAGCCGGUGACGCAGAACCCGAAGAGAGCUCGGAGGGUUCACAAGGAUGUCUUCAAGCCAGAGGACAAGGACAACUACUUCGAUUACCCCAUGAAUGGAGAACCCACCGUGGCUGCUGUGAAGGAAUUGGACGGUGAGCCAAUAUUCGAAUUGUGGAAGAUGGAGUCGUGGCCAGCGAGAGUCGUGUGAUUCUCCGAUGAAGACUUUGGGGGGUAUUUCUAGGUCAAUCUAGCGGAGAACACAAGAC